UCCGGCUCCAGGCCCUGCCAAAGGCGAUGAGUGCCGGGCCCUGGCCAGCUGGGCUCCGGCGGCGGGAGUAGGGUCCGGCGGGCAGGCAGGGAGGCUCAGAGGUUCGAGCUCCCGCUGCGCGGCGGGCAGUGCUGUCUUCGCUGCACGCACACCUGCUGCUGUCGCCGCGCCGCGAUGAGCCGCGUGGUCUCACUGCUGCUGGGCGCCGCGCUGCUCUGCGGCCACGGAGUUCUCUGCCGCCGGGUGGUCAGCGGCCAGAAGGUGUGUUUUGCUGACCUCAAGCAUCCCUGCUACAAAAUGGCCUACUUCCAUGAACUGUCGAGCCGAGUGAGCUUCCAGGAGGCACGCCUUGCUUGUGAGAGUGAGGGGGGAGCCCUUCUCAGCCUGGAGAAUGAGGCAGAACAGAAGUUAAUAGAAAGUAUGUUGCAAAACCUGACAAAACCAGGAACGGGAAUUUCUGAUGGUGAUUUCUGGAUAGGGCUUUGGCGAAAUGGAGAGGGGCAGACAUCUGGUGCCUGCCCAGAUCUCUACCAGUGGUCUGAUGGAAGUGCUUCCCAGUACCGAAACUGGUAUACUGAUGAACCUUCCUGUGGAAGUGAGAAAUGUGUUGUGAUGUAUCAUCAACCAACGGCCAAUCCAGGCCUUGGGGGUCCCUACCUUUACCAGUGGAAUGAUGACAGGUGCAACAUGAAGCACAAUUACAUCUGCAAGUAUGAACCAGAGAUUAAUCCAACUUCUCCUGUAGAAAAGACUUAUUUUACAAAUCAACCAGGAGACACCCAUCAAAAUGUGGUCGUUACUGAAGCAGGCAUAAUUCCCAAUCUAAUUUAUGUUGUUAUACCAACAAUCCCACUGCUUUUAUUGAUACUGGUCGCUUUUGGAACCUGCUGUUUCCAGAUGCUGCAUAAAAGUAAAGGAAGAACAAAAACUAGCCCAACUCAGUCCACACUAUGGAUUUCAAAAAGCACCAGAAAAGAAAGUGGCAUGGAAGUAUAAUAUUCACUGACUUGGCUCCAAAAGAGAAAAUAAAAUUGUCUAAUUCUGGAUCUGCAUCAGGAAUGGCAUCAGAACAUUAGCUUGGAAUGGCUUGAAAUCUCAAAGGACCUGCAAGAUGAACUGUAAGCUCCCUCUUGAGGCAAAUAUUAAAAUAAUUUUUAUAUAUCUAUUAUUUCAUUUACAAAAUACGCUGUGCUAAUAAUGGAGUGAGACAUGCUUAUUUCGCUAAAGGAUGCACCCAAAUGUCAAGCAAAUGGAAUGGACCGUGCAGAUAAAAUUGCUGUCAACACAUCAGAGAAGUGUAUGUGUUGGAAGCAGGUAUUUUUGUUUCUGUCAAUUUUCAUAAGUUAUAACCUAGUUAAUGUAAUGUAAAUUGUACUAAAAUUUACAGUGUGCAAAAAUAUUUUACCUUUACAUAAGUGUUUGAUAAAAAUGAACUGUUCUAGUAUUUAUUUUUAUGGUGUUUCAUUUUUCAAUACAUGCUGUUUUGAUCAAAGAAAUGUAUCACUGUUUUCAACUGACUCCUCACACACAUAGAUCUAUUACCAUAGAAAAAGUUUCUUUUAUAGAAGUGGUUCAUCUUCUUUCAGUUUCUCUGUUCUGGGGUCAAUGUUUAGGAAAUCUCUUCAGAAAUAAGAAGCUAUUUCAGUAACUGUGAUGUAAAUUUACUCAAAUAUUUUACUUAGAGGCAAGAAUUGUCUAAUUUCAAUUGUGCAAGACAUGUGCCUUACAGUUGUUUUUAGUUUAAAAUUCAACAGAUUUUGUAAUAACUUUGUUAAUAGCCGUAUCAACAAUAUUACACUCAGUCUAGAGCAAAACAAAAGUGGCAUACACAAUAUAAAUCAUGUCUUCACAUGUUGCCUAUAUAACCACAAGUAGUUCUCUGAGGGUUCUGGAAUCAGUUUGGUCCCUCCCUUGCCGACAAAACAAAGAUGGUUGUUGGAGGGUGGGGAUUAACACUGGAAGCAGAUGGCUGUGGAGUAUGCUUAAGGUUUUCCCAUAGCUCUGCUCAGCCUCUAUCAGCUGUAAAAUAGUCUCAUCUGUUUGGUGAGACCAGGUGCAUUGUCACCAUCAGUGUCGGGGUAAGCACAGCACACAGAUAAUUCACCAAGGAGAGAAACUAUGAAUUACUGUGAACAUGGGUUGGAGGGCAUUGGCGAUUCUGGGUUCGUGUUGAGGGUUUGCCUGAGAGAGUGAACUGUGGCUCCUCUUGUCUUAUCUUCUCUAGUUUCUUCAAUGCUUGUGGCUUCUUGAGACUUGUAACUCUCGGGUCUUCAAAUGUUCCUGUGUUCCUUUUAAGUAAAUAAAAAGUUCUUGUUUCUGAAGAAUGACCAUGGAUAUUGUCUAAAUCUUUUAAGUGAAC